AAACAAACAAAAGGAUGAGAAUUUGCUUAUUUGUAAAAGUUCAGUGUGAUUUGUGAGAUUUAAAGUAAACAAUCUAAUAAAAACAAAAAGCGCGUGUAAAAUUGUAAAAGCUUAAAUGAAUAUUAAGCCAUUAAAUAUUGUGUGGCCGUGUGUAUAAUUAGUAGUUUCUAUUGCUUUCGCAUACUCUUUUGGUUUCAACCAUAGUUAUUGGCCAAACCUUGGAAAUCUAUCAUCCUUGGGCGAAAUCUUCCUCUGAAAAUAAUAGUCUUAUCGCCUUGCCGAAAGUUCAUUUGAAUGAAUAGACGGAAAUACCAACAAUGAUCAACACGAUUCUCUAACGAUUUCUAAUAAAUAUUCAUAUAAAAGAAAAAAAAACAUGCAAACACUAAACAAUCCAGUCGGUUAUGGAGGCUACAAUUCCUCUUCCACAUCCAAAGAUUGGCACUAUUGGUGUCGACUUUGCGCGAAAAUUGAUACACAUAGUAAAAACAUAUUCUAUGAACAUCAGCCACUAAUGACUUUUACUAGGGGAAAAAGUGACGAUAAUAGAUGUACAAUGGCCAUCGCAAUAGGAAAAUAUUUUUGCGUUCAAAUUAAACACGAUGACGAACUGCCCAAAUUAUUAUGCACAGAGUGCAUUUCAUUGAUGACAACCCUUCUAGAUUUUAAUCAACGUGUUGAUAAAGUGCAAGAAAUGUAUGCUGCACUGCAAAGUGCUCAAUUCAGUAACGAUACAGAUUUCCAGUCUAUUCGACUAAAAUAUGGAAUUUUGAAGGAAGAUCCAGCUCAAUUAUACAAGCACCAACAUCAAAAAGAUUAUUUUACUGAGACGAUUGAUCAAACAAAUAUGGCUAACAUGCACAAUUUUGAAGUUAAACUAAUAAAAGAAAUCUCGAGGGAUGGCAUCCAAGACGAUGAAGUUGACUAUGCACAUGAAUCUGAGGGAGCUGAAAGUGAAGAUCCUUUUGCCAGCAAAAUUGGCGUAGAGACCGCUGAGGGCCAGACAUUUUGUGCAAUAAAAGAAUGUGAUGCAGAAAGUAGGGACGGUAAAGUUUCUAAUUUCAUAAAGUCGAAAGAAAAACAUAAGUUAUUCAAAACCAAAAUAUUCAUAAAUGAAAAGGGAGAAUCAUCAAAGGAAGAUAAUAACUUAAAACUAAUGGAUGAUAACCGUAAACGAUCUGGCAAAAGUAGUCAUAAGCAAAAGAUCAAAAAGUGCGUUCCUGAUGCCGAGGUAGGGUCAAUUGAUGACAAAUACUUUUGUAGCGACUGCUCACUUCAUUUCCAACGUCCUGGCAAUUAUCGUAUACAUAUGAAGAAAAGACAUGGAAUGGCAUUAGAACCCUUGACAUGCUCACAAUGUCCUAGAACCUUUAAGACUAUAUUUGAUCUGAAUUUUCAUAUAAAUAAGCAUCGCCCACUAUCAGAAAAAAGAAUAUUUCCAUGUCCACAAUGUGAUCGAAAAUUUCAGACAAAAGGUUAUGUAGCGAGACAUGUAAAGUUUGUUCAUGAAGAUAUUCGUCCAUUUAUUUGUGAGGAAUGUGGUGAAGGAACACGAACGGAAGCUACACUACGAGAACACAUGCUUACACAUACAGACCUUGCACCUUUUGAAUGCGAAAUAUGUAAGAAAGGUUUUAAAAAUCGUGCGCGCCUUAAGAAACACAUGGACAUACACAGUACCAGUAAGCACAUCUGUAGCGAAUGUGGCCUAAAACUUAACUCGCGUGUGACUUUAAAUCUUCAUAUGCUUGUACAUUCUGAUGUCAUGCGACACAAGUGUGACUAUUGCGGGCGAGCAUUUAAGCGAGCCAAAACGCUGAAAAAUCAUUUAAUACUUCAUAGCGGUCUAAAACCUUAUUCAUGUGACUUUUGUGAUAAAACCUUCGCUGAUGGAGCCAAUUGUCGUACUCAUAAAAGAAAAUCACACCCGGAGGAAUUAGCUGCUUUAAAAGCAUCAGGCGAAAAAACUUACACAAAAAAUAUACCCAAUUUGGCAGUGUUAAAAACAAUAACGCAGUCGGCUGAAAAUCUUGUUCCUGUUGUCUCCAAACAGAGCGGUAAUUUUUCAUUAGGUAAAAAGCCGAAACCUCAAACCGAUUGCACUGAUGGCACAAAAUACUCCAUUUCGUCGAUAGAAGAAGAUAAGUCUACUGAAGCAUUACUUUCAGGAAGUGAAACAAUUUUUAAAGAGAAUAGCUCGGACCCUGGAAACAUUUCGGAUAGAAUCAACAUGCCAUCGUCGUUUUGGUAAAGAAAAAUAUAAUCGGUUCUGUAAAGUUAUAUAGUUUAUAUAAGUAGAAGUUUUUUAAGAGCUGGAAUUA